AUGGCUACCCAACACAGGCAGCAACAUGAUCAAAACAAAAAUGGUGGUCUCAAAGGGACCGGGUCGGUGAUUGUGAUCAUGGUCCCUUUCUCACUGCAAAGCCAUAUGAACCAGCUCUUACAACUCUCCUGUCUCAUUUCUUCCUACAAUGUUCCCGUUCAUUAUCUUGGAUCCACCUUCUGCAAUUCCCAAGUAAGAAACCGUGUUCAUGGUGGUUCAAACCCUGUCGAUCAAUAUUUGUCAAAAAUCCACUUCCAUGACUUCCCAAUUCCUCCUUACGUCUACGAGGACGAGGACGGGUCCGAUUCGAACUCUUCAGACAAUUUCCUACCAUGUUUUCAUGUCACAGAGCAUCUUCGCCAGCCAUUCUUCGCUCUUCUCCAACAACUUUCCUCGAAAGCAAGAAGAGUUGUCAUCAUCCACGACGUUUUGACAUCUUCUGCAGUUCAAGAUGCGAGAUCCGUAGCCAAUGCAGAGUCCUACACUUUCAACUGUGCCUCUGCCUUCAACAUCUUCUCACACUAUUGGGAAGAAAUGGGAAAACCUUCCCAAAUCGGUGGACAUGAAAUAUCGAUCCCCAUUAAUAAUCUUUACCUUCCAUCUGUUCUAGAAGGGCUAACUCCCGAGUCAAUAAGAAAGAUGGAUCAUGAAUAUCAGUUUCUGGGAUCUAGAUCCGGAGAGCUCUACAAUACUAGUAGAUCCAUAGAAGGAAAUUUUCUCGGGCUUCUCUCCAAAUUAACUGAGACGACCAUAUCCAACGAAAAAAAGAUCAACAUUUGGGCAAUGGGGCCUUUGAAUCCCGUCACAAUAUCAUCCAAGGUAAGCAGUACUGGCCGCAGAGAUAAAUGUUUGGAGUGGUUAGAUAACCAAAAGCCAAACUCUGUCAUGUACAUUUGUUUCGGAACCACAAUUUCGAUGACCAAUGAUCAGAUCGAACAAGUGGCUGUUGGGUUAGAGCAAAGUGGGACAAAGUUCAUCUGGGUUUUCAGAGAUGCAGAUAAAGGAGAUCAUUGUACAAGAGCUAGAGCUUGUUGUAGAAGCCCAUCCCUUCCACAAGGGUUUGAGGAGAGAGUUGAAGGAGAAGGAAUGGGGAUGGUGGUGAGGGGUUGGGCCCCACAACCUCAGAUUCUUGGGCAUCCAUCAACAGGAGGAUUUAUGAGCCACUGUGGGUGGAACUCUUGCAUGGAAAGCAUCGGCAUGGGAGUUCCUAUAGCUGCUUGGCCAAUGCAUUCGGAUCAACCUAGGAAUGCCAUACUUAUAACUCUAUUGCUUAAAGUUGGUGUGAGUGUUGGGGAUUGGGAUCAGAUUGCCAAAAAACAGUUGGUGAGCUCGUCAAUGAUAAGCAAAUCUGUGAGGACAUUAAUGGCUUCUGAUGAAGGAGAUGAGAUGAGGAAAAGGGCUGCAGAUUUAGGCGCUGCACUUCGAACUUCUACUGAUGAAGGAGGAGUUUCUCGCAUGGAGUGGGACUCUUUCGUCAAACACAUCCUAAGAUCAUAG